ACCUCCGCCACCAAUGUAGCUCCCGUUGAGAUUCCUAGACUUCUGGUGAAGCCAGGAUCGCCCAAUCACAACUCCCUAUCCACGUACCUGGAAUAUGCAGCGCGCACGAAACUUCGCUCUGACCGUACCGUGUACAUUGGGACCCACUACGAAUACACAGCAGCGGAGGCGUUGCAGCGCUUGGGGUUCUCGCUCAUCCGCACCGGAAUGAAGAACGAUGCUGGCAUUGAUCUGAUCGGACACUGGAUGCUGUCGUUUUUGCGCGAACCCAUGCCCAUCAUCGUUCAGUGCAAGGCGAGGAUGAAGACGUGCUCGCCCGAAGCGAUUCGAGAGCUGGAAGGGGCCUUUCGGAGCGUGCCGCACGAGUGGCGAAACAAGGAUGUAUUGGGCUUGCUCAUCUCUAAUCAGAAAGCCACCGAAGGCUUGCGGAGACAAAUGUACCUCUGCCCACGCCCGUUGGGCUUCCUGCAGAUCGGCAAGAGCGGUACUAUCACGCAAUUUGUUUGGAAUCGAGCAGCUACGGAUCGUGCCUCUCGUACUGUCGUAUCGGACAUUCAACUUACGUGGAUGGGGACGCCUAUCUUUCCUGACAGUGCACAAGUCGCGAGGGAGACGGCGAGGCGCUUGGCUGAUAUC